AUGGCCUCCAACCCCCCCGGAGCCUGCUGCUACAAGGGCGUCAAGCAUGAAGGUACAGCCACCGGCGAGAUCUCCACCCUGGGCGACUUUGAGAUCUACACCAAAUAUCCCGAAGACAAGUCGACCGACCUGGGAAUCCUGAUCAUCACCGACGUGAUCGGCCACCGGUUCCUCAAUGCGCAGUUGAUUGCCGACCAGUUCGCGGCCAAUGGCUAUUUUGUGCUGAUGCCCGACCUGUUCGACGGUGACGCCAUCCCGCUCAACCGACCCGGCGACUUCGACAUCCAGGCCUGGCUCAAGGGCGAGUAUCACCCGAAAAAGAUCGCACAUCUGCCGCCCGUCGUCGACCCCAUCAUUGACGCCUGCCUGGUCGAGAUGCGGACGAAGUACAAGGUCAAGAAAAUCGGUGCUGUCGGCUACUGCUUCGGCGGUAAAUACGUGGUGCGCCACCUGCGGCCGGACGCCGGCAAGAUCGACGCCGGCUACACGGCGCACCCGAGCUUCGUGGAGGCCGACGAGCUCAAGGACAUCAAGGGCCCGCUGGCCAUUGCCGCCGCCGAGACCGACUUCAUCUUCCCGGCCGAGAAGCGCCACGAGUCCGAGGUCAUCCUCAAGGACCUGGGCCUGCCCUACCAGAUCAACCUGUACUCCGGCGUCGAGCAUGGCUUUGCCGUACGCGCCGACCCCAAGAACAGACCGUCCGUCUACGCCAAGGAGAAUGCCUUCUUGCAGGCCGUCCAGUGGUUCGAGGAGCACUUGAAGAACUAA